AAUUUUAGAAUUUUGGGUACAAAUGGAUACAUCACUUACCCCACCCACAUUGCUUGAAUUUUCUCUUUAACAUUCAAAUAAUAUGGGGGCAGGUCUGCUUCUGAGUUCUGAUAUCGAGAAUCAUCUUGAUGAUGAUGGUUUCUUGGGAGUUUUUGGGUAUUGGUGUUUGGAAAUUUGGCAUGGAUCCUGUGAAUUGAUUGGGGGAGCAGAAAUUGCUUGGCAGGUGAAUUCAACACUGAAAAUGAAGAAGCCGAGGAGUUUAGGUUUGAUGGAUUUGUUCGUCUACAUUUUCCUUUUUCAUGAUAUAGGAGCACAACAUUGGGUUGCCGUUGCCGUAAAUGUAGAAAAUGGCGCCAGUUUUGUGUUCAUUGAGGACUUCAGGAUGGACAACAAUGACUCUACAAUUUGGGAGAUCAGGAUCGCUUUCGAGAAUCUUUAAGGCCACCUUGAUUUUUUUACAUGUGAGCUUUGUUUUAAUCUUUUUUGUCUACUUUGAGUUUGCUUGCGGUUUUACCUUUGGUUUUAUUUAUUUAUUUAUUUAUUUAUUUGGUUCUGUUUGAUUGAUGAAAAAAUGAAGGCAAAUCUCCAUGGAAAAUUCAUCUUAAUGCUUUAAUCAGUUUGCUAAAUUUUGGAAAGUAGAAAUAAAAAUGAAUUGGGCAC